AUGGAUAUAAAUAGAUCUCAAUUUAAUGAAUUUGAAAAAAAAAAUGUAUUAAAAGAAAAUUGUUUAAAUACAGAUUUUUCAUAUGAACAGAUUUUGAAUAAUAAUAUAAAAAGACCACAAGAAAUAGAUUGUGGGAUGUCAUGUGGUAGUUCAUUUUGUGAAAAUAAUUUAACAGAGGAAAAUAUAAAUAAUAAAUUUAUAGAUGGUUCUCAUAAUUUAGACAAUAUUUUUCAUGAUGUAGACAAAAAAAAUAAUCCAAUAUAUAUUUAUAAUACAACAAAUGGUUUGGAUGUUUCUUUUAAACAAAUAAAUAAUGAAAAUUUUGUAAAAAAAAAUUCAAAUAUAGAAAUAAAUACACUUAAUCAAAAUAAUAAUAUAAUAAAACUUUCCCAAAAUCCAAUUAUAUAUUAUAAUGAUGAAAACAAAAUCGAAAAUAAUUUAAAUUAUGGGUCUAUAAUAACAAAAAGUAUAUGUAAUAAUAAAAUAAGUCCAAAUGAAAUAGAUCCAAAUAAAAUAAAUCAGCGAUAUCGUGAAAAUCUUCCUUACAUUUAUCAGUAUAAUGAUGAAGAUGUUUCUUUUUUAAAUAGCAAUAGUAGAGGUGGGGAAAGUGUUUGUACUACAAAUUUAGAGAGUAAUAUGGUUUCAGCAAAUUUAGGAAGCAAUACUGUAAAUUAUUCUAAUUCUAUAAUAAGUGAAAAAAAAAUAUUUUUUCCUGAAACUGAUAAAAUUGAAAGUAGUAAUAGAUAUAUAAUAAAUACGGAAAAAAAAAAUUCAAGUUAUAGUUCAAAUGAAAUCAAAUCGAAUAAUAACAAUUCUGCGAAUAUAAUAAGUAGAACACUUUUAGAAGAAGAUAUUAAUUUAGUUAGCAAAUUAGGGGAUGAUGCCAAAUUAAAUGUUACAAAUAGCCAUAGUAUAGAAAAUGGAUAUCUAGAACCAAAUUUUAAUAGUGAAAAACAAAGUGUGGAAAAAAGUGCAGAAAAAUAUGCAGAAAAAUAUGCAGAAAAGAGUGUGGAAAAAUAUGCAGAAAAGAGUGUGGAAAACUAUUUUUGUUCAUUGUCAAAAGAAGAUAUAUAUAAUAGUGUUUCAAACGAAAUUAUGAAUUAUAAGAAUACUAUUUAUGAUUUAGAAACUGAAUUAAAAAUAAAAAAUAGCUAUUUAGAAAAUGAAAAAAAAAAAAAUGAAGGAUAUGAAAAAAUUAUAGAGAAAUAUAUAAAUAAUUUGAAUUUGACAUCUCAUGAUAAUAAUAAUUCAAUGAGUACAUUUGAUAUUAACGAGAUUCAGGCAAAACAAAUAAAACAAGAGUUGAUUCUAAAAUCUACUGAGGUUAUAGAAUUAAAUAAUGCAAUAAAUAAUUUAAAGAAUCAGAAAACUUUAUUUAUAAAUGCAUUGUAUAAUGAACUACAAGCUAGUAUGAAAAAAGAGACAGAAAAUUCACUACUUUUACAUGCACAAACAAUAAAAUUAAAUAAUGCAAAUAAAUAUAUAGAGACACAAAGUACUAAAAUAAAUAAUCUAUUAUCUGAGUUAAAGAAAUUAGAACAACGAUAUAUAUAUCAUGUACAAAAAGAUGAAAAAAUUAUUAACGAAUUGUUAAAUGAAAAAAAAGAAUUUGUUAAAAUUGCAGAAAAAUUAAAUAUUAUAAAUAUAGAAAAUCAAAAUAAAAAUGAAGAAUUAGAAAAAUAUAAAAAUAAAUGUAAUGAAUUAACAGAAGAGUUAAACAAUUUUGUUCGAGUCAUUUCGGGUGAUCAAUCAUUUAAUAAACAAAAUUUGAGCAAAAUUUUUGACAAAUCAUAUCAAACAAAUGAUUGGGGAUCUUUAUUGUAUAUGCCAAAUAAAAAAGAUGUUGAAAAUAAUACAUCAGGAAAUUGUAUUAAUUUUACAAAAGAUAAAAAUUCAAAUAAAAACACAGAGAAUAAUAAUAUUAGACAUGAUAUUUAUGAAAGUAAUAAUCAAGAAGAUGUAAAAAAUUUAGAUAAUUUAAAUAAUUCUUUAAAAAUACAAUUAGCAAAAUUAAUAGAACAUAAUGAUUGGCUAAAGAGUGAAGUUGAUAAAUAUUCAAAAAAAAAUAUAGAAAUUGUAGAAGAAUUAAAAAAUAAAACAAAAAUAAUAUCUAAACAAAAUAAAAGUUAUGCUUUAUUAUUAGAAAAAUAUAAUAUCCUCGAAAAUGAUUUUAAACACAUUCAUGAUAUAUGUUCUCAAUUAGAAGAAAAAUUUAAAAAGGAACAAUGCCAAAGUGUGAUGGAAAGUAGAAAUAAAAAUGUGAUGGAGAAUAAAAAUGCGAUGGAGAAUAAAAAUGCGAUGGAAAAUGUAAGUGACAGUUUUGAACAAAACGAAUCUAAAGAAUUACGGAAACGAAAUCUAUCUUUAAAAGAUUUACAAAUUAAUGAAAGCAAUCAAAGUGAAAGUAAUAUCAAUGAUUAUAAAAUUUAUUGUUCUGAAUUAAAAUUAGAGAAUGAAGCUCUUAAAGUUGUAAUUGAAAAAUUAAAAAAUAAAAAUAAAAAAUUGUCAAAAAAUAUGGAACUUCUUUUAAAUGAUUUAAUAACUAAUGAACAAUUAAAUGAUGAACAACUUUCAAAUAGUAAUAUGAUUCAAAAUACCACUAAUGUUAGUAAUUUCGAUAAUGAAAAUAAUCAAGAUAAUUCUAAAACCGUUAUAUAUCACAUUUCUAAGCAACCGACGCUUGGAACAGAUGAUCCCAUUUCUCAAACUGCAACACUCUCAAAUUCUGUUUAUCAAAAAGAACCGACUCUUUUAAUAAAAAAUGAAGAGGAUAAUGUCGAAAAGAAUUAUAUAAAUGAAUCAAAAAAAAAAAUUCCAACAAAAAUUGUAGAUAUAUUUAUACAAACCGAGUUUGAAAACCCUGAAAAAGCAAAUGCGCUUAUACAAACCGAAAUAAACGAAUAUAAUAAAAAUUUUGUUACUACUGGAAUAAAUACAGAAGAAAAAAUGAUUUCAAAUAAAUGGACAGUUACAGAUAAUAAUGUAAAAUCAUUAAUAGAUGCAUCCAUUAAUACAAAUAAAGUUAAGGUUAUAAAUCAAGAUAUAAAUAUGGAAUAUAAAAGUACCCAAACAAAUGAAACUGAUUGUUAUAUAAAAUCAACACAAACUGAUUAUAAAAAAACAAUAGAUAGAGAUGUAUUGACUGAAAUGUGUGGAAUCACAAAUUUUAAUAUUAAACAAAUUAUGAUAAAAAAUAAAAUUUUGACUAAAAAUAAAAAAAUACAAGUAACAGUAUCAAAUUUAAAUGCUUCUGUACAAACUCAAGAAACAAUUUCUAGUGACAUAUCAAAAAGACGUAGUAAUAACAAUUAUAAUAUGAAACAUACUGAUAAAUAUAAAUAUAAUUUAUUUAAUAUAAAUAAAAAUUUGAGAUGUAUAAAAAAAAAAAAAAAUUAUCUUAAAACUUCAUCAUCCAUUUAUUCAAGCAAUUCAAUAGACAAUCUUCAAUUAGAAGAUUCUAAUAUUUCGUCUGAAUCAUGUUUAUUUAAAAGUAAUAAAAAAUAUUGUUAUUAUAAUGAUGACGAUGAUGAUGGUGAUAAUGAUGAAGAUGAUGAUGAAGAUGAUGAUGAUAAUGAUGAUAAUAAUCGUUAUAGAGAUGUGAUAAAAAGAAAAAAAGGGCAUUAUUACAUAAAACGUCAAUAUUCAAAUAUUAGUUAUUCUGAUACAAGCUAUGAUGUUAACAAUUAUAAUGAUAUAUCUAAUAUAUAUACAUUGAAUGAAAAAAAAAGACAUACAAAAAAUAUAUUACCAAUAUGUGAUAUGGAAUAUAAUAGAGAAUAUUAUAUGAAAAGAAAUUGUCCAUCUUUGAAAUUUUCUAGAAAAUACAAAAAUCAAGAUAGAAGCAAAUAUUCAAAAAGCUAUAACAGAAAUGAAGAAGAAGAAGUGGAAUCAUUAUUAGAGAUAUUAAAAUAUUCAUCAGAAUGUGAAAAUGAAAAAGAUGAAGAAAAUUAUGAAGAAAGCCAAGUUAGUAGUAAUAAUUAUACAAAUGAGAAUAAAUUAGAAAUUUACAAAAACAUUAUUGAUGAUGAUUCUUAUUAUAAAAAAAGAAUGAUGAAAUAUAGAAAAAGAGAAAAAAAAAAAAAAAAAAUGAAUGAAUCAGAAAAAAUGUUGAAAAAACAUAAAAUAUACAAAAAAUUUAAAAAUAAACAUGUCCAAACAGAUGAACAAAUUUUUAAUGAUAUAUUUUAUGAUGAUAUAAAUACUAAUGUAAAAAAUAAUUUUUCAGAUAUUAUCGAUCAAAAUGUUAAAAAUUUAAAAAUAAAAUUCAAAGAAUAUAAAAAUGAUGUCUAUUAUACUGCAAUAGUUUGUGAACAAUGUAAAGGACUAUAUAUAGAUACAUUAUUAAUGUAUGAUAUCAUAAAUUACAAAAUUUACAACGAUUCGAUACCUUUAUUUCAUAAUGAUGAGUUGUUAUCUUUAGAUAAUGAACAAAAUAAAAUAGCCAUAAAAAAGGCUAGCUCUUAUACUAAUAUAAAUUAUAACGAUACUUUUAUAAAAAAAAAUAAGCAUAGAUUUAUUUCGAACACCUUAAAUAGUAUAUCACAUUCUUUACCUUUUUAUAAAAAACGGGUAAGCGAGGAAAUUUGCAGCAAUAACGAUGGAAAUAAUAAUGGUAGUAAGAAUGGUAGUAACGAUGGAAAUAACGAUGGCAAUGACAAUGGUAGUGGUAAUAUUUCAAGUGGGAUGGCUUCUUCAUGCGAACAUGAGCAAAUUGAUAAAGAUUGUGUGAAAAAUGAGGACAUAAAAUUAGAUAAUAUAAGCACAGUAAUACACAAAUUUGUAGAGGAAAAUAUUCCCAAUGGUUUUAUUUUAUGUACAUGUCGUUCUGAUGUUUUAAGAUAUAAAAGUAUUCGCCUCAAAAAAGAGAAUAUAAAUGGCAUAAAAAAAUAUAAUGUAAAUAGUGAAAAAAAAAAAAAAAUUUUUUUUAGUAAAAUAAAAAAUGUUAUAUUAAAAUUGAAAAACGAAUUAUCUCAGAUUCGUGGAACUAUAGAUAAUUUGUUUUUUUCAAAUAAAAAUAAUUUAUUAUUAAAUGAUAUUUUAAAUAGUUCAUACUUUAAAGAUAUACCAUCAAUUGUAUAUAAUCAUGUUUAUAAUACUGAAAGAAAAAAUGAAAAUUCAAUGGAUAAAUUAUUAACUAACAAUAUAAAUGAUAAUAGUUUUGAAAUUUUUCAAAUAAAUAAAAAAGAAAAUAUUUCAAACAAUUAUUUAUUAGACAAUAUAAACAAUUUCAAAGGAAUAUCAGAAAUAGACAGAUACUCAAAUAGUUUCAUGCCUAUUAGAUGUGAUAAUAAUAUAAUAGAAAAAAAAGAAAUAAAUAUUUGUGAAAAUAUAAAACCUUCAAAAUAUUUAUGUACUAAUAAAAAUGACAAAUUUGAAACAAAUGCUAAUGAAAUAAUUUCCAAAAAAUAUAAUCAAAAUGAUUUAAAAGAACAAACAUUUAGUUUUAAAUAUUUAAUAGAAAAUUAUGAUAUAAAAAAUAUAACCACAUUUUUUAUUUGUUGUGUACUUAGUAUAAAUGAAAUACAUACUAAUUUAUGUAUACCCUUUAUGAAAAAUAAUAGUUAUCAUGAUAUUUCAUCUUCGAAUUUUGGAAUGGAAAAAAAUGAAAUAAAAAUAAUAGACAUAAUAAAUAAUGAUUCUGAAAAUAUCAAAUAUAAUAAAAUAAAAGAGACGGAAUCUUUUUUGGAAGAAUAUAACAUAGUUUUGAAUCAAAACACACAAAGUAUAUAUACUAAACAAAUGGCAGAAAUAGAAAAUACAUUAUGCAAUUUAUCGACUAAUAUAAUUAACAAAAUAAAAGAAAGGUACAUAGAAAUAACGUCUGUUUAUUUAUUUAUUGAUGAGCAUAUAGAUGAUAAAAAUAUAAAAAUAGCAGAUUUAAUGAGAUUAAUAGAUAACUAUGGGAAAAUAUAUUUAUACUUGACUAGCUUAAAUAAAAUAAGUGACAACCAAAUUCGUUCGAAUAAAAAAAAUAAAUUACAUACUGAAAAUAGUUCUAUUAUAAAAAACUUAAAAUUGGAAAUAAGUGAAAUGGUAAAAGAUGGAGACUCUUCCACUAUUUGUGAUUCACAAGUUAAUAAAAAAGAAUGUAAAGAAAUCCUCGAACUUGAAAAUAAAGAUAAUAUAAAAUGCAAUGAUGAAAUAAAUAUUUUAAAAAUAAAAAAUAAAAAAAAUUCGGAACAUAUAUCUAAAGAUGAUAAAACAAUUCAGGAUAAUAAUAGAAGGAAUAGUGAUUAUAAAGGAAAGUACAUAAAAUAUCAAAGGUCAUGUUCAUCCUCUUCUAAUAAUACAAAUUCAACUUGUGAUGAAGAAAAUAGUAGUAUAGAUCGAAAUGAAGAAAAUAUAAAGAAUGAAGAUAGAGAAAAUAAAAUAGAAAAGGUACAUUAUUUGAAGGAUAAUAAUAAAUAUGGUGAAACAAGUGGUAGAAAAUAUGAUGAAAAAAAAUGGAAAAAAAAAGAAAGAAAUAUGAAACAUAUAAACACAAUAAAUAAUAUAAAAAUUAAUGAAAUGUGUAAUAUUUUAUUUAAUUUAAAAGAAAAAAUUUUAACUUUUCUUUCUUAUAUUUAUAAAAAAUUAUGUCGAAAUAUGCUAAUUAAUAUAUAUUAUGUUAAAAGACUUUACACACAAAUAGUAAAUAUUUUUUUAAAUAUCCCAAGAGAUAUAAAUAUGAAUUAUUUAUUUAUUAACAACAGAGAAAUUAAUACUAAUAUGUAUAUAAAAAAAUACAAUGAUAUAAAUAUUAAUGAGAAAUAUUUGGAGUUAAUUUAUAAUAAAUUUCAGAAUUAUUCUCAUGAAAAUUUGUUAAAUGUAAAAAAUAUGAGUGAAAAAAGAAAAAAUAAAAAUAAAUUGAAAAAAAUAAAAUAUAAUAUACUUAAACAAUAUGAUAUAGACAAUGCUAGUUCACCACGAAAAAAUUUAAGCCGAAAAAUAGACGAGGAAAAUAUAUCACAUAAGGACUCUUCAAGCAAUAUGUCUUUAUUUUUUGAAAUUUAA